UACUCGAUACUAUGUGCCUGGGCUAGGCUGGGUGUGGUUAUGUCUGAAGAAGGAGCUUUCUCUCAAAGGGAGAACAACGUGCUCCAGCUGGGAGUGAAGCAGAGAGCUAGAUCUGACUUGGAAUGUUGCUUUGGCUGUUUUGUUUUCUCCUUUAUUCCAGCUUAUAGCUGGAAAGUUGGGAUUUUUUUUUGUGGGUUUUUUUCUUUUUCUAUUUUUUUUUGUGGCGCCACUCUGUUGUGCAAAGUGUUCUGUUUUCAUGCCCAAAGGUAAAAGGGAUGCCAGUAGUUGAAAACAAGUGGUGUGUAGACACAAGGUGUAGGGGGUAGACACAAAAGUGUAGGGGGUGAUGCAUGCUACUGGACCUGUUCUGUGGCAUUGCUGUUGUUGCAGAGUUGAAGCAUUGGUUUAGGAUGUGGAAAGCCUGAGUCCAUUUCCCCUUCAAGGGUUUCCACAGUUGCAGUUUUAGAGACCCUGGCAUCUCUGAGAAAAGCCAGUUCUUAGUGCACAAGCAUUUUCCUUGACACCUUGUGAAAUCUUUGCUUCCAAAGACUUGUAUGUACCUUUUUGUGGGAGGUGGCCUACUCACAGGAUCAUGUGGUAUCUUGGGUGGGAACUGACUUCUAGAGGCUUCUGCUUGAACCUCGUGCUCAAAGCAGCAUCAGACCAAGGUUCUUGGGGCUUUGUCCAGUCACAUCUUCCUGGCAUGAGACAGCACUGUCUCUCUGGGCAACCUGUGCAUCUCUUUGCUGUCCUUAUGAGGGAAAAGGCUUUUCCUUAUUUCCAGUCUGAAUGUCUCUCGAAGCCUCUUGUCUGUCAUUAUCCCACCAUCCACUGCUGUGAAGAAACUGUCUCUGUCUUCAUGUCCUCCUGUAGGUAGUGGAGGGUUGCUGUGAGGUCUGCCCUGAAGCUUUCUCCUCUACAGGCUGAAUGAAUGGCUUUCCCUCAGUCUCCUCUGAGGAGCUGGAUGAUCUGAAGUUCCUUUCCAGCCUGAACCAUUCAGUGAAAUUCUAGCUGUUAAUGAAAAGAAGAAAUAAGGUGGAAGAAAAUGUGGUUUCUUGGUUACUUGAGUUGAGGGCCACAGCCAGGCGGGGCAACACAUGGUGCUCCGCCCUGCAGCACAUAGGUCACAAUGCAGGCCAAGAUACAUUCCCUCCCUGGCCUGGGUGCUGCGUAACAGUGGGGCCCUCAGGGCAAGUAGUGUGCCCAGUCCCACAGGAACCAGGACUCUGAGGAGAGAAGAGCCAAGCAGCUUGUGCAGGAGCCCCUGCUGGGGCAGCUGGCGGUGACCAUCAGUGGUCAGAAAGACCCAGGCAAUGCCCAUGGAGGAAUCUCAGAGUGUCACCAUCGAUUACAUAAGUGUAGCUGCUGCUGCCUCUAGCAUCCAGUUGCAGGAUGAGGAAAAGGAGGCCCACGACUACAUCAUGGACUUUGUCAAAAGCACCAGAAGGGAUCAGGACUCAAAGAUGAAGUUUCUGGCCUCCAUCGACAUGCUCUGCAGAGCCUCAGUGCAAGGAAGGUACCAGAGCCCAACAUCCCAUGAGCUGCUGAGUAAACUGGAGGCACUAAUGCAAAACGAGACCUUCGACAGCAUGGACACCAUGAUGUGGCAGCAAGCCCUGCUUGCCAUCGCUGCACUGAGCAAAUACAGGGAAAGUGUGCUGUAUAACCACCUCUGCAAAUACAUAGGUGACACCUUCAGUUUUGUUGCAAGCGAGACGAUCAGCCAGUGUACUCCAUUCUACGACCAGAUCCUGAAAACCCUUGACAGUGUGCUGGAGGCGCUGAUACAUGGUGCUUCACAGAAAUCCUGCAUCUUCAUAACAGAGAAAAUACUGCAGGUUCUGCUGCCCAUCACGGCAUCUGAGGACGUGGCUAAGCGCCGAAAGGCUGUAGGGUGGAUUGUACGCCUCACCUACUUUUUAUCGUCCUCUUCAAUGCUGGAGCACUUCAAUGCAGAAUACGGCAUGCGGCGCUUCUCCAGAAACAAGCCUCUGGAUUUCCUAGGGCACGCAGUGGGGUACCUUGCCCUGUCCUGUGCUGAGGAGGACCAGGAGAUCAGCUGCGGGGCUUUCCAGGCACUGUGUAACUUCAAGAGGUUCCUUCUGGUGCGACAGAGCUACUGUGUGAAACGUGAGGAUACAGAGAUGCCUCUGGAGCGGGAAGUUGUUAACAGCUUGUGGCCUAUGGAGCUCAAUGAUGAAAUGGCGGAACCUGGGAACUUCUUACUCCCUUCCGAGAGGUACAACGUAGUCCUCACAGUUUUGAGCAACAUGACACAAGAAAGAGUCUCUAACACCCAGGUGAUUGCCAACACGCUGAAGACAGCCUUGAUGUGCUUGAAGCUGACCAAGGUGGAUGACUACAUGCAGAUCAUCUAUAGGCAGCUGAUGCUUGUUACCAGAAGGUCGCUGUGGGACAUCCUGAUGCAGACCCUGCUCCAAAUGGCCCAGCUGCACUCUUGGGAUGUGACCACUAGCCUGCUGUCGAUUUCCAUCACUGGUGACAUAGACAUGGCCCUUCAGCUUCAGGCGAAUCCUAGGACCUCUGAGAACUGCCAAGACAAAACUUGUUAUGGCCAAGAUGGCCCCACUGAUUCUGAUCUGUGGCAUCGCACCACUACCGGGGCCAUGUGGAACGCGCUGGCAUGUGAGCCCAGCAUUUCGGGCAGAAUACUGAAGUCGCUGGUACUGAUCCAGCACACAAGCAUGUUGCAGAGCAACUUCAGGACAAACUGCAACUGCCACGUAUUGCUGACUAUAACUAAUGUCAUGCGCAUGGCCUUCCUGGUGCCUUCCAACCAAAGCAACAUAAGGAAACAUUUGGAGGAGCUCUUCAUGGCACUGGUCUUGCAGAUCUCCUUCACCACCAAGAGCCCACAGGAGGGCUGCUGCUGCUCUAAGAUUUUGAAUAAGGAGGCUGAGGAUCGUGUAGUCAACCGUCGCAGGUGCGUGGUGAGGACCAUGCAAGCUUUCUUCCAUUUUCUGGGUGGUGACUCCCUGGUUGAAGACAUCAAAGGGGAGGGUGCUUGGGACAUGCUCAUGAGCCCCUACGACUACCCCAGUGGCAUCAGGGUCCUGAGUAGAGUGCUGAAGCAUAAAGAACGGGCCAGCUGCACCUCCAUAUGUGAAGAGGCGGUUGGAAUCAUACGAUCGCAUGAGGACAUCUGUGCCAUUAUUGUCUUCAUUGAGGUGGGCCUGGUGGCAAGUAUUUCCUCUUCAAGAGCAGGCAGGGGGAAGCUGGGCCACAUGCAUGAGGCAGAGGGGAGGUGGCAAGGGUGCCACUGCCUCCCGUCUGAGCUGUGCCCAGCUCUGGUGCCUUGCCCUGGGCCUUCCAGGAGCUCUGCGGCUCUCACUCUGCUCUGGGUGUGUUUCAGCUCCUGGACUGCACCAGGCUGA